AUGACAGAAGAAAAAAUCCAAACCUUUGACAUACCGAAAACAUGCAAAGCUGGCGUCGUGGUCAACGAGGGUCCAGAUUUCCACGUUGAGGUGCAGGAUGUUCCAGUCCCAGAAUGUGGGCCGACGGACGUGCUCAUCAAGCUCAAUGCGACCGGUAUCUGCCACAGCGAUCUUCACUUCAUGCUCAACGACUGGGCUCUCCCCAAGAUGUCAGAUUUAGGAGUCCGAUGCGCGGGCCACGAAGGCAGCGGUGUCAUCGUCAAAGUCGGAGACCAGGUCAAGAACUUGAAGCCGGGAAUGCGAGCUGGAUAUAAGCCAAUCCAAGACACUUGCGGCACAUGCGAGCUUUGUCGCAACGGCAACGAAUGCUACUGUGCAAAGGCAGUCUUGACUGGACUGAUGAUCGACGGCUCAUACAAGCAGUACAUCGUUUCGCCCGAACGUUACACAACCCUCGUCCCAGACGGUGUAAACGACUACAUAGCUGGACCUAUCAUGUGCUCUGCUUCGACAAUCUACACAUCAAUCAAGGAGUCACAGCUGCGGCCCGGAGACUGGGCCGUGUUCCCUGGUGCAGGCGGUGGCGUCGGUCUACAAGGCGUGCAGCUCGCGAAAGCUAUGGGUCUGCGCGCCAUAGCCAUUGAUACUGGCGAUGAUAAGCAAAAGCUCUGUAUGGAAACUGGAGGCGCAGAGCACUUUAUCGAUUUCAAGAAGACCGACAACGUAGGCGAGGAAGUGGUCAGGUUGUGUGACGGCAUCGGUGCCCAUGGCGUCUUCGUCACCGCCGUGCAGACCUACCCGUCCUCGAUAUCCUAUCUGGGCAACCGUGUAGGCGGAAAGGUCAUGUGCAUUGGGUUGCCGCCGGCUGGUACUCAGCACAUCGACGUGGACCCGAACCAGAUGUGCUUCAGGAAACAGAGUGUACAGGGUACGCUCGUGAGCAGCAUGGCGGACGUCGACAAGACGCUCGAUUUUGCGAAGCGAGGACUGUUGAAGCCCAUCUACACUGUGUAUCCGCUGAGCAAGUUCAACGAAGCGGUGCAGAAGCUGAAGCGGGGAGAGAUUGCUGGCCGGGCAGUUGUCGAUUUCAACCAGGAGUAG